GUAAUAUUCUGGCAACCCUUGACUAUGAGGAAGAAGAGGAGGAAUAAAAAUAAAAUAUAAAUUUUAAACCAAAAAAAUGUGAAUAACCAAAUGCAGUGCAAUGUCAAUAAACGAUAAAAUAUACACUAUGAGAAUAUAAAUGUUAAGCGCGCGCGAAACACACACACACACAAGCGACAGUUAACGAAACGAAACAACAGCGCAACACAACAACAGCGCCAACGCCAACAACAACAGCAACAGCAGCAGCAGCAGCAGCGCAAGACAUCGGCGGACAUCGUAUCCAAUUGCAAGUUGCAACAAAAUUCGAUGAACUUCGAUGAAAAAAGAAAAGUAAAAGCGAGUGAAAUAUAACAACAACAUUUAACAACACAACAACAACAACAAUUGGCAGCCGAGAGUGUAGUGUAUGCGUGUGUUAAGUGUGAGUGAGAUAGCGAGUGAGAGAGAGAGAGAGAGCUGGUGUGAGAGUGGAGAGCGCGUAAAAUUAUGGAACAAGUGGAUUCCUCAACGGAACUGCAUUUGAGCAGGAUACGCGAAGUGAAAGAUUUGACGGCACUGGCCGACGAUGUGGUAAAAGAGGAGGUGAUUCUCGAAAGUCCACAGCAUCAUCAUCAAACACAACAUCAUCAGCAUCAACAACACCAGCAGCAGCAGCAUCAUCAGUUGGAUACAAAAGUUCGCAUGGUCACAUCCUCCUCCGUUAACAAUACCGACAAUAGCGGCAGCGGCGGCGGCGGAGGCAACGGUACAGCAGGCAGCGGCGGCGGAGGCGGCGGGGCUAGUGCUGGUGGCGGAGGCGGCGGUGGUGUUGUCUCUGUGCCAGUUUCACUGCCCAUUGGCUCGAUGAUAACCGGCACAGCGUUUAAUGUGAUUACCCCCGAUCAAUUGCCUCACUUCAAGCCGAUGCUGUGCGUCGAUAACAAUGGCUAUCUCUCCGGCAGCACAGUGAGCAUGGGUGGUGACCUCAAAACGAUUGUCAUCCAGCAGCAGCAGCAACAACAGACGCAAACCCAGAGUACGGCUGGCGGAGGAGGGGCAGGCGGCGGCGGCGGUGGUGGUGCUGCCGGUGGUGGCAAUGGCAGUGCUAGCACCAAUACAACCGCCACAAACACAAUUGGACUGAAUCACGAUGGCUCUGGCAGCAACAAUAGCCAUGACAGCAGCAUGGCCACUCUGGAGCACUCGGGCGGCGGCGGUGGUGGUCCAGGCGGCGGCAGUGGCACCCAUCAUGCACACACCAAUUCCGGCUCCACAUGGACGACAGAAAGUGCCACCCAACAUAUGGAGGUCUUCCAGAUUCGUUGUAAAACCACCUGCGCCGAAUUGUAUCGCAGCAAACUGGGCUCCGGUGGCCGCGGACGAUGUGUUAAAUAUAAAGAUAAAUGGCAUACACCCAGCGAAUUUGAACACGUAUGUGGGAGGGGCUCCAGCAAGGAUUGGAAACGUUCCAUCAAAUAUGGCGGCAAAUCAUUGCAAUCUCUCAUCGAUGAGGGUGCCCUAACGCCGCAUGCCACCAACUGCAGUUGCACCGUGUGUUGUGACGAUGAAGCAGGUGAGUCAGCUUCCGGCCCUGUACGCUUGUUUACGCCCUAUAAGCGACGAAAGCGAAAUCAAACGGAUCUCGAUAUGGAGCCGGGACCCAAACGUAAACGUAAUGCCCAUCAUAGCAACAACAACAACAGUAAUACCAACAAUAACAACAACACAAGUGGCGGAGGGAAUAGCAGCAACAAUGUGGAUGUUAAUGCAGCUGCUGUUGCAGCUGCCACAGCGGCAGCGAAUGUUGUCGAUGAGAAUAAUAUGUUCCUCGCUGAGGAUAAUAUCACAUCCAAGGAUGAGCCAUGGGCCGCACUGAAUGAUAGUUUGGAUACAUCCAACGAGCUGGUCGAUCAAUCGCAAAUGGGUAAUCCCUACGAGCGUGAAACGUUUGUGGUGAAUAUCAAUGAUGCAGCCUCCAUUGCCGUCUUGGAUAGCACCCAAUCAAUGAAGAAUAUCGAGCAUGUCUAUUGCACCAUGGUCAAGGCAACGAAUGACUUUAAACGGUUGCUAAACGAUAUGAAACAAAACUUUGAUCGGCGCAUUGAAGUGCUGCAAAAGGAACGCGAUGCGGCUGUCAGUGCGAUGCGUGUCCAAGUCCAUGCGGAUAUCGAUGAUCCGAAUAUAUCUGGCUCGUUGCAUGGCAAUGAGAUCAUAUCGGCCAAGAAGUGCGCCAACUGUAAUCGAGAGGCAUUAGCCGAGUGCUCACUGUGCAGGAAAACGCCGUAUUGCUCGGAAUUUUGUCAGCGCAAGGAUUGGAAUGCUCAUCAGGUGGAAUGCACGCGAAAUCCACAGACGACAACGCAACAGGUCAUGCUAUUGAUCGAUGAUCAGUCCUAAGCCCACAUAACGAAUUGUAUAUACAAACACAACACAACAACAACAACAACAACAACAAAAGCAAAACAAAACAAACAACAACAACAAACGACAACAACAAAAAAUGAUGAAACAUUUUACUACUAAUUAAAAAUACGAUUAUACAAAGUUUCCACCUGCCCCCUAAGAAAACAAAAAAAAAAAAACCAAUCCCCACCCACCACACUUUACCCUGAUCCUUUUUUCCCCACUACUCUCACUCACUCACUUACCUAACCAAGCCAUGAUAAACUGAUCCCCCAAAUUCUAAUCCGUUUUUAUCCUCCCUCCCCCAACCUCCAACCCCCCCUCAAUUAUAUAGAAAGCCUAUAGCCAGCCAGCCCUCUUAGAUUUAUGUCCUAUAUUAAUGUAAUUCUUAAACGUACAUAUUACUAUAUAAAUAUUAUAUAUAAUUAUAUAUAUACACUUAUAUAUAUAUAUAUAUAUAUAUAUAUACAUUUUACUAUUGAACGUAGGGCAAGUCAGCAAAGAAA